GGAUGCUGUUAUUGGCUUCAUGGCUUUAUUCAGGCCCAAACGUGGCACAGGAAGUAAAGAGUGACUUGGUAGGCGGAAGUCCCGCCUCUUGAGCCUGUGCUUCGUGUACAGUUGCCAGCGAGGACGGAAGUCGGGAAGGGUCAGCCCACGUCGUUCUUUGGUUUUGGAGUAACGAAGGAGGCGGCCAUGGCUCCCAAGGGCGGCGGCGGGGCUCGGCAGCAGUCGGAGGAGGAGCUGCUCCUGCAGGACUUCAGCCGCAACCUCUCGGCCAAGUCGUCGGCGCUCUUCUUCGGGAACGCGUUCAUCGUCUCCGCCAUCCCCAUCUGGCUGUACUGGCGAAUAUGGCACAUGGAUCUUGUUCAGUCGGCAGUCCUUUACAGUGUAAUGACACUCGUCAGUACGUACCUGGUUGCGUUUGCCUACAAGAAUGUCAAGUUUGUUCUUAAACACAAAGUUGCCCAGAAAAGAGAAGAUGCUGUUUCCAAAGAAGUAACUCGCAAACUUUCUGAAGCAGACAAUCGGAAGAUGUCACGUAAGGAGAAAGAUGAGAGAGUUACAAACUGGGUAGAUGCCGGGAAUGCAAUGGAUGUAGCGUAUCUGGAUUUCAGUAAGGCUUUCAAUAAGGUUCCCCAUGACCUUCUGGCAAACAAAUUAGUCAAUUGUGGGCUAUGCAAAACUACAGUUAGGUUGAUCUGUUAUUGGUUAAUUGAACUCAUAUGUAUAUAUAUACAUAUGAAUGACAGCAUCCUAAAUGCAACGUGUAAUAUAUGGGGGGGGGGGGAACUGCUACCAAUUUGUGCACAAGACUUAGGAACUGUAAAUUAGUAAUCCCCACCACAAAAAUGGAACAGUGUUUCAGCUUUGAGUAACCCAAAAAUUUAAGGGGUUGAAAGGUUUUUGAAAAGGUUUUAUUAAAAAAAUUCACAUGCAGUAAUAACUUCACUCAAAAUAAAACAAAAGAAAAAAUCCAUAAAGGAUAAGAAGAAAGAAAAUAAUAUGUAUUUGGUUUCCAACUUAAAUAUAAUUAUCCUUUAUGGACUGCUAUUGUUUAAACCAGGGGUUCUCAAACUGCUUUGUGGAGCCCUUCGGCUCCAUGAGUGAUAGUGAGGGGCUCCGCAGCACCAUGCUGCUUCACAUCUCCUCCUCAGAAAUGCAGUGAAAUUAAAGUUUUGAGCUGCCAAAACAGCGGCAGCAGUGUCCUCCUGGGGCACAAACCAUUACUUCACCUCCCUGGGGCUCCACAAGAAACAUUUAUUUUUAAAAGGGCUCCACAGCUGAAAAGGUUUUGAGAAAUUCUGGUUUAAACCCGUGUACUAGUGUUCAACUAAAGUCAACCUGUUGUUCACAUUACUCUAUAAAAAAACUAAUUAAAGCUUCCCAAUUUUUCAAAAGGUAACAAUUGAUUUUUCUUUAAUUAAAGUGUUAAUUUGUCCAUUUCAUUUUUGUAUGACAGUUUCAAUAGCCAUUAAUCACUCAUUGAUAUGGGUGUAUUUCCACUUUUGCAGAUACGGUCGUACUGCUGUGGUCAUGUAUCACUGUGAUUUUCUAUGUUUCCACCAAUUCCCAACAAAUACAAUUCAUUUUUCAUUUGAAAACAAACUUUCAAAAAAAUGGAAUAAUGCUGUUUUUGAUUUCAGAAUCUUUUGGCCAAAAUAUUUUCAGUCAUUUUAUUCGAUUUCAUUAAUGUAAGUUCUCCCUGAAAAAAUGCUUUUACUUGAUUCCCCCCAACAAUUGUAUGUAUGUAUGUAUGUAUGUAUAGUAUAGUAUCUUACAGAAAGAGAAAAAAUGCUUCAUUUAAGGAAACGUUCCAAUAUGUCAACAUUUUUUAAUCUUGAAAUGUCU